AAUGAGCUGAUUAUCUUUUUGGCUGACCAAAAGGAACCCUACUUUAAGCCCCGUGUCAAGUUAUCAAUGAAAUCUCUCGGUGUUACCAUAACCAGUGUAGUUCCCGGAGAUUAUGAUGGUGAUUCACAAAUGGAUGUCCUCCUGACUACCCGGGCACAAAAUCAUGGCAAAGAUGAACUUUCAGUGGUUAUUUUCUGGGGGCACAACCAAACAUUAGAUCUUAACCAUAAAACUAUGUUAAAUAAGACUUUUCAUGAUGAGCCUCUAGUAAUGGACUUUAAUGGUGACUUGAUUCCUGAUGUCUUUGGUGUCACAAGUGAUUCAAAUAAGCCACAGAUACUGAUAGGCGGGAACUUGACAUGGCAUGCUGCAUUGGAUACUCAAAGUAAAAUGUAUACACCGCACUCUCAUGCAUUUAUAGAUUUAAAUAACGACUUAACUGCCGAUUUGUUCCUUACUACAUCACCAGAUUCACAACUCAUUCAGUUUGAGACAUGGGUUAAUAAGGAUGGGAACUUCUCUAAACCUGGAAACAGUAAGGCGAUGCCUAGUGGUGCGCGAAUUGUUGGACAGUCCGUGUUUGCAGAUUUUGAUGGGGAUGGACAAAGUGAACACUUAUUACCAGUCUGUGAAGAUGAAAAAUGUCAAAAAAGUGCCAUCUACUUAACUAAGCUAGGAUUGGAUCAGUGGAUUCCAGUCUUGCAAGACUUCCGAAAUAAAGACACACUCUGGGGCUUUGUACCAUCUCAAAAUGACAAAUCUUCAAUGGAAAUUUCAUUUCCAAUUACACUUCAUAUUGGAGAUUACAAUAUGGAUGGCUACCCAGAUGCUCUUGCUAUACUACAGAACACAUCUGGAAGCAAUCAACAAGCGUUUUUACUAGAAAAUGUCCCAUGCAAUAAUGUAAGCUGCAAGAGCGUACGUCGUAUGUUUAAAGUUUUUUGGGAACUCUCGGAUCUAAACCAAAUCAAGGAUGCAGUGGUAGCAACCUUCUUUGAUAUAUAUGAAGACGGAAUCUUGGAUAUAAUUGUGCUAAGCAAAGGCUACUCCAACGAGGAAUUUGCUAUCCAUACAUUAAAAAAUAACUUUGAAGCAGAUGCCUAUUUUGUUAAAGUUAUUGUUCUCAGUGGCCUCUGUUCUAAUGACUGCCCUCGGAAAAUAACACCUUUUGGUGUUAAUCAGCCUGGUCCUUACAUCAGCUACACUACUGUAGAUGCAAAUGGAUACCUAAAAAAGGGGUCAGCUGGACAGCUUAGCCAGUCAGCCCAUUUUGCUCUCCAGUUGCCGUACAAUGUGCUAGGCUUGGGACGUAGUGCUAAUUUCCUUGACCAAUUGCAUGUUGGCAUUCCUCGUCCUUUAGGAGAAAAGUCCAUAAGAAAACAAGAAUGGACAGCUAUCAUACCGAACUCCCAGCUUAUAGUCAUCCCCUAUCCUCAUAAUGUUCCUCGAAGCUGGAGUGCCAAGCUGUAUCUGACCCCAAGUAACAUUGUGUUGCUAACAGCUAUAGCCUUAAUUGGUGUCUGCGUUUUCAUCCUGGCAAUAAUUGGCAUAUUACACUGGCAAGAAAAGAAAGCAGAUGACAGAGAGAAGCGACAGGAGGCUCAUCGGUUCCAUUUUGAUGCUAUGUGACAUGCCUUAAUAUUUAUGAAGAAGCUGCUACUCAUUUGCUUAAUUGACAUACUAAAUUCUGAUUUGUAAAAUGGUUACCGUGAAAAUACUGCUGGUGUGAUAUUUGUAAAUGUUGCGUUGUUUGAUAUUUAUUUGGAAAGUAUUAAAAUUUACCCUUAUGUCUCACAAGGCCUUUCAGUUAACAGACUGUAUAUAAUAGCAUUUGGUCUUUAUUUAACAGAACUGUAAAUUUAUUUUUCUCAGUAAAGGGAUCAAAUUGCAUGUACCAUUGUUUACGUACCACCCAUUCUUUAGUAAUAUUUGAUAGAAAGAAAGCUUUGUAAAUAAAGUUUAGCAUUUCAGCAAGCAGAAUACUUUGUAUUGGAAUUGGUCUUGUCAUUUAUACAUUCCUGUAAAAUAACCUGCAUUUCUGAAAAUGAAGGACCUGAUCAUUAAUUAUUUUGAUUGUACUAAAUGGUGUUUAACC